AUGGCAAGAGUCGGUGGGGAAGAGCGUGAGGGGACGGGAGGAGAGGGUGCUGUAGCUACCGGCCCGUUCAGCUUCAGCCCGGAGCCCACCCUCGAGGACAUCCGCCGCCUCCAUGCCGAGUUCGCUGCUGAACGAGACUGGGACCAGUUCCACCAGCCUCGGAACCUCCUCCUGGCCUUAGUGGGGGAAGUUGGGGAGCUGGCAGAACUCUUUCAGUGGAAGCCUGAUGAGGAAGCUGGACCCCAAGCCUGGCCUGCCAAGGAGAGGGCAGCCCUUCAGGAAGAGCUUAGUGAUGUCCUCAUCUAUCUGGUGGCAUUGGCAGCCCGCUGCCAGGUAGAUCUGCCCCAAGCAGUGCUCUCCAAAAUGGACAUCAACCGGCGACGUUACCCAGCCCAUCUGGCUCGCGGCUCUGCCUGCAAGUAUACGGACUUGCCCCAGGUGGCUGCAUCUGAAGACCAGGUGGUGGGGCCUGUAGACCUUGCUCGGGAGUCCAGGCCUCCACAUACAGACACGGGCACAGGACCUGCAAGUCUGCACAGAAUCUGA